GAGAUGCUAUUGGCUAAAAUUUUCUCUUCUUUGUGCCACCUAUAAAUAGUGAAAAGAGACUUUCGUCUUGAAGCUGGAGUCAGACGUGUGACAACUCCUGUGGCAAUUACAGGUUAUGUACCGGAAGAGUUUAGAAAAAAAGAUGUCAGAAGAACAAUUCAUCACUCGUGUUAGCUCUCUCCCCGUGGUGUCCAGUGCUUGGGGCCAGGUGUCUGAUUAUUAUCUUCGCACCAAGGAGAAGAGCCCUAGCCUUGUCCAGUAUACUCUGAACAUGGCAGAGAGCAGUGUGAAGACUGCCUACACAACAGCCCAACCUGUCAUUAGCAAGCUGGAUGGGCCAAUUCAGAAGGUGAAUGCCAUUGCCUGCCAGCAGCUGGAUAAACUGGAAGAAAAGUACCCCAUUAUUUCCAAGGAUACUGAAACGGUAAUAGAAAAAAGUAAGGGAGCAUAUAACAAUGCCAUCCAGCCAACUGUGGACAAAGUAAAUGCUGUGAAACAGUAUGGUGUGGACACCUACAAUGGAGUCAAGGAUUAUGGGGUUGAAAAGGUGACCAAUGUGAAGAACUUUGCCACUGGCACAGUGACUGCUGUGAAGGACUACAGUAGUAGCUCCGUGAACAGUCUUCUGCAAUCCAGUUAUGGACAGGUAGUGGUUGGGGCUGCAGAGGGCAUCCUUGCCUCUUCAGAGGGAUAUGUAGAGAAGUACCUGCCACCUGCCCCUGAAGAAGAAGAAAAGAAGGAAGGGGAUGAAGGUGAGGAAGGAGAUGAGCAAGAUCCACAGGUGCAGACUUCUUUAGCCAGAGUGACAUCUCUGAGCUCCAAGGUGCGACGCAGGAUGUAUGCACGUGCCAUGAAGGAGAUGCAGCACUUGCAGGCCCGCAGCAAGGAGACUGUUGCAAAUCUUGCCCAUACUGUUAAUUUGAUCCAGUAUGCCAGGGACAACUUUGAGCUUGCAGCGGAAAAAGUGCACGCUGCUAAGGAGAAGGCAUGGAGUGUGUGGGAGGAAGUUAACAAGGAGGAAGAUGAAGAGGAAGUUGAAGGGGAGGAAGGAGAGGAAGGAAAGGAACUCCAGCCACAGACACUUGAGCGUCGUUCAAUUCUUGUUGCUCGCCGCCUCACUCUUCAAUUGAAACAUGCUCUGGCCAUUGUGCCAUCUGGAGAUCAGCUGCUUCCUGUAUACCUGAGAGAGAGAAUGGACAAGGCUAAAACCUACGUAGAAGAAAUGUAUGGGCAUUUUGCAGAGGCUAAACAUUUUGAGGAUCUUCCCAGUUGGAUGAUGGACCAGGCCAAGGAGAAGUUGACUUAUGUGGAGGAAUCUGUUGGGAACAUGACAGAAUAUGUUCUCAGCACCAGGGCCCUCAGCUGGCUGGUGCCUGAUGUGGACCUGGAUGCAUUUGAUAUUGAAGAUCCUGAUUCUUAUGAGGUCAAUGGUGGUGUCAUCAUGAGAGAAGGUGGCCAGGAAGAAUACAUUGGUUAUGUGCCAGCUGUUGAGAAAUAGAUAGCGCCCCAGUAUUCUAAACUACACAAAUUUAAAUUUUGGUGCUCUUUGAGUUCUCCAUUGUAACAAUUAUAACUGUUGCCUGAUCAUUGACACCUAGUUCCCAAGUAUCUUGGCUUAAAAAUCUGAACCUUAAUUUAUAGAUCAUAGAUCUGAUAUGAAUGUGAUGCUUUCUUAAGGACAAUGAUAUUUUAUCCCCAUUUUGAAAUGAUAAAUGAUCAACUGAAAACCGUCUUAUCAGUGAGAGCCACUAUCAGAGUAAGAAUUUCUUAAUGACUAACCAUGCAGAAAUCUGGGCUAGUACCUGGGUUAAAAUCUCAAGUUGAAUUAUUUUUUCUUAGGCAACAUUACUUUUAAACUGUUAUAUUAAAAAAAUAUAUAUAUAUUGCUUACCCCAUGGAAACCAAAAGAAACUUGUUGGCUAAAAUUCCCAUACUGCAAUGUUUUGCUAACAAGCAAAUCCAACAUGAUUUUUUUUCUUUAUGUACAUGGAUGAAUGAUGAAUUUCACUGAAUUCAGGUAAAGCAUAAGACCAAAGUGGAGGGAAACUAAUUUCAGGAAUAAAUUUUUUUCAACCUCAA